UGUCUGCUUUUCCUCUGACGAAGCUGCAAGGGAAGGGGAAGAGAUUGGAGGGACUGCGUGGAGAGUCGUUUUGCAUGGCGCGGAGGACGCCGGUGGAAGAUGGGCUCUCAGGAGGUGCUCAGGGAUACCGCCAGGCUGGCCUCCUCCAACGCCCUCUUGCAGGUGCUAUUCCGGUUAAUUACGUUUGGGUUAAAUGCUUUUACUUUACGUUAUGUAUCAAAAGAAAUAAUUGGUCUUGUGAAUGUAAGACUGAUGCUGCUUUAUUCAACGGUAAUUUUCUUAGCCAGAGAAGCGUUCCGUAGAGCUUGUCUGAGUGGGAGUACAAGGAGAAACUGGACCCAAACAUUCAAUCUUUUAUGGCUAACAGUUCCUUUGGGCGUAUGUUGGUGUGUGUUCUUGGGCUGGAUCUGGCUAGAUAUACUUGAAGUUCCUGAUGAAAAUGCAGUUCCUUACUAUAACUUCGGAGUACUUGCUUUUGGUCUUUCUGCUGUGAUUGAACUCCUAGGUGAACCUUUUUGGGUUUUAGCUCAAGUACACGUAUUUGUAAGGCUAAAGGUGAUUGCCGAGAGUUUUUCAAUACUUUGCAAAUGCUUUUUGACAGUCAUUCUAGUAGUUUUGUAUCCACACUGGGGGCUCUACAUCUUUUCCUUGGCCCAGCUUUUAUACACUAUCAUUCUAGUAUCAUGUUACAUAAUAUAUUUCAUGAAAUUUUUGGGUUCUCCUGAAGCAACAAAAAAAUCAUUUCCUAUUACUGGAAUGGUAUCUUUUUUGCCUGUUUUUGGACAAAAUGAGGAUAUUGUUAACUGGAAAGAAGCAAGGCUGACUUGGAGUUUCUUUAAGCAGUCAUUCCUAAAACAGGUUUUAACAGAGGGCGAAAGAUAUGUGAUGACUUUCCUGAAUGUAUUAAAUUUUGAAGACCAAGGUGUAUAUGAUAUUAUAAACAACCUUGGUUCUUUGACAGCCAGAUUUAUAUUUUUACCAAUAGAAGAGAGUUUUUAUGUGUACUUUGCUAAAGUUCUGGAACGUGGGAAGGAUAUUAAGUUGCAAAAACAGGAUGACAUUUCUAUGGCGGCUGCUGUAUUAGAAUCACUGUUGAAACUAGUGCUUCUGAUUGGCUUAACCAUUACAGUAUUUGGUUACGCCUAUUCAGAGUUGGCACUGGAUCUUUAUGGAGGAUCAAUGCUCAGUUCAGGAUCAGGUCCAAGUCUCCUUCGCUGCUAUAGUUUGUAUGUCUUGCUGCUUGCUGUUAAUGGGGUAACAGAAUGUUUUACAUUCGCUUCAAUGUGUAAAGAAGAAUUGGACAGGUAUAACUUUGUCAUGCUGGCUUUGUCCUUUGUAUUUUUGGGCAUGUCUUACUUCUUGACCCAUUGGCUAGGGAGCAUAGGAUUUAUCCUUGCCAACUGCUUCAAUAUGGGGAUCCGAAUUAUGCACAGCAUCCACUACAUCUACAGAUAUUUUGGACACAGUCCUUAUAGACCUUUGAAGGGCCUUCUUAUUUCACAUUUCCUGCUUUUUGUUUAUAUCAUCAGUGGAAUAAGCACUAGAGUUUCAGAGGUGUUCUUGUGCUGUAAUAAAGGGUGGAUGGCCAGAUUAAUUCACGUCACAGUUGGAGCACUUUGCCUUACAGCAACUCUUGCUACGAUAUUUUUCACAGAGACAAUCUUAAUCCAUUUUGUUAGGAUGCAUAUUUUAUCGAGAUAUUCCAAAGAAGGAUUAAAAUAAUGUUAAACCUGUUUGCAAGUAUUUAUAUAGUAUGUAUGCAUUUGCUAUAGGGGAUUUGUAUUUACAUGUAUAAUUAUUAUACAGAGUAAAAUAAUUAUGCAAUGUUUCUGAUGAUUAUUGGAUCUAGUUAUUGAAAUAGACACAGUUGGUUAGAAAAUUAGGUUUUGAGUAUGAAACGUUUUAAACUGGCAACUUUGCCAGGUGCAAGCAAUUUGUAAAUAGAGUUGUUUUGUAAGUAUAUUUUAUGCUGGAGGUUACUGCUGAUAGUUAGUCUGUGUGUAUGUUUGUGUGUGUGUAUUGAUUAUGUGCCAUCAAGUUGUUUUCAACUGCUAGCAACCGCAUAGAUAGAUUUACUCCCUGAAUAUGUGUGUGUAUGUUUAUGUGUGUGUAUAUAUAUGGAGGGGCGGGGCACAGAUAAGUAGCUGUUGUCCACUGAUUUUAUAUUCAACUGCAAUAUAUUCUAGAUAUGCUAGUCAACUGCUGUCUAAACUUGAUGGCUGUUAAAAUGUUAACUUCCCCAGACAGAUUAAAACAGAUUAUCCAAAAUGUUUUUCUGUCUAGGCAAAACUGUAUUUUGGAUUAUGCUUCAUUUUGGGGUCUCUUGCUUAACUGUUUGUGUAACUGAGACUUGACAGCACUGCUUUAUAUCUUCACAUUUGCUCUAUAAAAUUCUUACAGUAUUUAUAAAUAUCUUUGGCAUUGC